AUGGCGUCCGGACCUAAGUUACGGAAGGCCGUCACCUUCGACGACGGCACCACGGACUAUGUCCCCCUCAGGAAGAAAUACGACGGGGUCAGGAAACCUCACAUCAGCGAGCAGCCCAUGACGUGGAGCAACUGGCACAAGCACAUCAACUGGCUGAACUGCACCUUCGUUAUCUUCAUACCCAUACUCGGCUUCGUCGGCGCAUACUGGGUGCCCUUACAACUCUACACCCUCCUUUUCGCAGUGCUAUACUACUUCAACACCGGCCUCGGCAUCACAGCCGGCUACCACCGCCUCUGGGCCCACAGCUCCUUCAAGGCGGCCCUGCCACUGAAGGUCUACCUCGCGGCCGUCGGCGCCGGCGCGGUCGAGGGCUCGAUCCGCUGGUGGUCCAAGGGCCACCGCUCGCACCACCGCUACACGGACACGGAGAAGGACCCGUACUCGGUGAACAAAGGGCUGCUGUACUCGCACAUGGGGUGGCUGGUGCUGAAGCAGGACCACCGGCGCAUCGGGCGCAGCGACGUCACCGACCUCGACGCCGACCCCGUCGUCGUCUGGCAGCACACCAACUACCUCAAGUCCGUCAUCACCAUGAGCCUCAUCUUCCCCACCGUCGUGUGCGGGCUGGGGUGGGGCGACUGGGCGGGGGGUUUCAUCUACGGCGGCAUCCUGCGCAUCUUCUUCGUGCAGCAGGCGACGUUCUGCAUUAACUCGCUCGCGCACUGGCUCGGGGACCAGCCGUUCGACGACAGGAACUCGCCGCGCGAUAACGUGAUCACGGCGCUGGUCACGCUCGGCGAGGGGUACCAUAACUUUCAUCACGAGUUCCCGUCGGACUAUAGGAAUGCUAUUCAGUGGUACCAGUAUGACCCGACGAAGUGGUCGAUCUGGAUCUGGAAGAAGAUCGGGUUGGCAUAUGACUUGAAGACCUUCCCCUCUAAUGAAAUCGAAAAAGGCCGUGUCCAACAACUCCAAAAGAAACUCGACCAGCAGCGCGCGAAGCUCGACUGGGGCGUCCCGCUCGACCAGCUCCCCGUCCUCUCCUGGGACGACUUCGUGCUCAACUGCCGCGCCGACGGCCGCGCCCUCGUCGCCAUCGGCGGCGUCAUCCACGACGUCGCGUCGUUCAUCGCCGACCACCCCGGCGGCAAAGCGCUCAUCUCGUCCGCGGUCGGCAAGGACGCGACGGGGAUAUUCAACGGGGGUGUUUAUCUGCACACGAAUGCGGCGCAUAAUUUGCUGUCGACGAUGAGGGUGGGGAUCUUGAGAGGUGGGGGGGAGGUCGAGAUUUGGAAGACGGGGGGUGGGGAGAAGGGGGUUUAUUAG